GGGAUGGCCUCUCCCACUGUGGUGUUCAACUCAGGGCUCGCAGCUGUGAAAAUCAAGAAACCGAUCAAGACCAAGUUCCGCAUGCCCGUGUUCAACUGGGUCGCCCUCAAACCCAACCAGAUCAAUGGGACAGUCUUCAACGAAAUCGAUGACGAAAGGAUCCUGGAGGAUUUAAACGUGGAUGAGUUUGAAGAAAUAUUCAAGACGAAAGCGCAAGGUCCAGCCAUCGAUCUUACUUCAAGCAAGCAAAAGAUAACACAGAAAGGGUCAAACAAAGUGACAUUGCUGGAUGCCAACAGGGCCAAAAAUCUUGCCAUCACUUUAAGAAAAGCUGGAAAGACGGCGGAUGAAAUCUGCAAAGCUAUUCAUGUAUUUGACCUAAAAACAUUGCCGGUGGAUUUUGUUGAGUGCCUCAUGCGGUUCCUGCCCACGGAGAACGAAGUGAAAGUUCUGCGGCUCUACGAGCGGGAGAGGAAACCCAUCGAGAACCUGUCCGACGAAGACCGCUUCAUGAUGCAGUUCAGCAAGAUCGAGAGGCUGAUGCAGAAGAUGACCAUCAUGGCCUUUAUAGGCAACUUUGCAGAAAGCAUCCAGAUGCUGACCCCACAACUUCACGCAAUAAUAGCUGCGUCAGUCUCAAUAAAGUCAUCGCAGAAGUUAAAGAAAAUACUGGAGAUAAUCCUGGCUCUGGGAAACUACAUGAACAGCAGUAAACGAGGAGCUGUGUAUGGAUUUAAGCUGCAGAGUUUAGACCUGCUCCUAGAGACAAAGUCGACAGAUCGAAAGCAGACCCUGCUGCACUACAUUUCAAACGUGGUCAAGGAGAAGUACCAGCACGUGUCUCUCUUUUACAACGAGCUUCAUUACGUGGAGAAGGCUGCUGCAGUGUCUCUCGAAAACGUCCUCUUGGAUGUGAAGGAGCUGCAGAGGGGCCUGGAUCUGACAAAGCGCGAGUACACCAUGCACGACCACAACACGAUGCUGAAGGAGUUCAUUCAGAACAAUGAGGGGAAGCUCAAGAAACUGCAGGACGAUGCCAAAAUAGCCCAGGACGCCUUUGAUGAUGCUGUGAAGUACUUUGGGGAGAACCCCAAGACGACACCUCCCUCGGUCUUUUUCCCAGUGUUUGUCCGGUUUGUGAAGGCCUACAAGCAAGCAGAAGAAGAGAAUGAAUUGAGAAAAAAGCAAGAACAGGCCUUAAUGGAAAAACUUAUGGAGCAAGAAGCAUUGAUGGAGCAACAAGACCAAAAGUCCCCUUCGCAUAAAACAAAGAGGCAGCAGCAGGAGCUGAUCGCGGAGCUCCGGCGGCGGCAGGUCAAGGAUAACAGGCACGUGUACGAAGGGAAGGACGGUGCUAUCGAAGAUAUUAUAACAGAUCUUAGAACCCAGCCGUACCGACGGGCCGACGCGGUGAGGAGAAGCGUCCGGCGGCGCUUCGAUGAUCAGAACUUGCGCUCCGCCAACGGGGCUGAAAUAACCAUGUGA